AGUCAAAUUCCAUGGUCAACCAAAAGCCAUUAAGGGGCCUUAAAAUAGUGUAUGUUAUUCGAAUGACGUCAGCAGCUUCUGCGAGAUGAAAAGUAAUUUAAAAUUGCUCAUUUGGCAUUCAUUUGGUUAGUGUCGAAAAGUAAAGCCCUGCUGCGUUUUGAUCUUGGUAAAACGAACAGCUCCACAAGAAGAACUGUUCGAAGAUGCAACUAGCAAAGAUAUUUCUCUUUUGUGCAUGUUGGCUUCAUGUUCGAGCAGAAACAGUGUCAACUAAGUAUGGAGAUAUCGAUGGUUUCUUGACUCCGUAUCCGACUGCCUCUGGUCCUUUCAAGUCCGUCAGCAAGUUUCUUGGCGUUCCUUUUGCCGCUCCACCAACUAAAGAGCUAAGGUUUAAAGCCCCCAAACCGCCAAAAGCGUGGAAACCAAACGUUUAUUCGGCUAAAACACACAAGGCCAUCUGUUUACAGUUAAAAGACCCUAGUCUUGAAAUCCUUAUCAAGUCAGUAACUCCAAAUUUCACCUACAGCGAGGAUUGCUUGUAUCUUAACAUCUUCAGCCCGAACACCAGCCUCAGUUUGCCAGUGAUGGUUUACAUUCACGGUGGAGGUUACGCCGGAGGAACAGCGAUCACUUCUCCUAGCGAUUUUUUGGCUCUCCAGGGAGUGGUGGUAGUCAUAGUCCAGUAUCGUCUAGGUCCCUUUGGUUUCUUGACGACCGGUGACUCAGCGGCGCCUGGUAACUAUGGGAUGUUGGAUCAAGUGGAAGCACUGAAGUGGGUCAAAGAAAACAUCGAAAAUUUUGGCGGGAAUCCCAGCAAAGUGACCAUAUUUGGAGAGAGUGCUGGAGGAACUAGCGUGGGGCUCCAUCUUCUUUCGCCUCUAUCACGUGAUCUCUUUCAUCAAGCCAUUACAGAGAGCGGUGUAGAUUUAAGUCCCUUUGCGAUUCAGCCAACGUCUUUUGGUCUCCGUUUUACAAAAGAGCUUGCACAAAAACUGAAUUGUGGAUCCAGUGACCAUUCUGCAAUGGUUUCUUGUAUGCGCAGCAAAACAGCGUCAGACAUGCAAAAAGCCGCCGAGUCAAUCAAAUUUAGUUUCAUUAAUUAUAUCAACUGGGCACCAGUCGUAGAUAAAAACUUUCUUCAUGAUACACCCCAAGUUUUGAGGAAAAAAGGAGAAUUCAAGCAAGUGCCACUUAUCAUCGCCUUCACAAGUCACGAGGGUGCGAGUUUUCUCGGAAACAUGGUCAACAAUUCGUUUGGGCUGAUGGAGAACGUGGACAAUGGAGUCAGUCCGACUUUGUUCAAAUCAUUUCUAACCAAGUUUGCUCAAGCUCAAGACAGUAGGUAAGUUCCGUUAAGAUUUUACGAAUGUUUGCUCAGUAGCUUUAAUAGAUGUAGUGACACUUUUGGAACUUAUUCGUUUGCUCAUAAAUGGAAAGCAAAAGCGUCUUUCUUUUCCAUUUCUAAAUGAAGUGUUAAUACAUAACUGCAGCCUGUUAUUACGAUUCCACUCACGUUUAACGCGAGCUUACAGGAUCGUAGCCAGCAAAAAAAUUAUGACUGAGACAAUGACCGUGACCUACAUAUUUGGGGUGUUACUCAUCCUUUAUUCGACAAUAAAAUGUCCUUUUAUAGACCCAAAGCCCAUUCUGAUCUACUCUUUAUCUUUGAUAUGAAAACGCUUUUUUUGUAGGGUUGUGGUGUUGGUGGGAGGGUGAUUUAAGUAUUAGGUUUGGUGUUCUAGGUUCUUGUAUGCGGAUUUUUAUAAAAACAGUUUGUUUCUCCAUAUCACUAAAGUGGCAAAUCGGGAUGAUUUUGUGCACAUUAGCACUGAUCCCACUGUACUGAUCCCAGUGCUGUGGAACUUUGCGUGGCUCCACAGGGACUUUGAUUGUACAUGAAACUGCUGCAAGACAAUUGGGCCUUUUUUGGAGCCCAUAGACACACGGUACCAGAGGCCCGUUUUUAGAAAGUCCCGUCAUUUAAUGGUCCCGGAAAGUAGUCGUUGUUUACCUUAAAUUUAAGAUAGAGGAUUCGGAGGUUGCGAUAGUUUUGCUGAUAAUAUUGUAAAACCAACAGUUAACAAAACAAAAUGGAGCCUUGUUUUUCUUUGGUGAUCUGAAUAUUUGUUUUCGGGCUCGUAAAUUAACCGGAACUUUCGUGAAAAUGGCCCCAGGUCUUUAACCUCUGCAAAGCGAUUACAGUCAAGGCCGGUCAAGCGUACCCCACAAGAUUCUAUUAAUGAAUUGAUUUUUUGAAAAAUGAAUGCGUUAGUCGUUUCCGAAACUAGUGUCAAAUUCAAGUCGGCAUUCCUGUACGAGUAAUGAGCAGUGAAUAUUUUACGAGAACUUCUCUGUAUUUCGUCAGAUUGAAAAUCUUUGAAUGGAUGAAAUUUCCUGGAAGAAAUUUACAUCAAAUUCAGGGAAACUGAGCUGGUAGAAAUUUCGUAACUGAAUCGCGUGUGAAUUCACGGCUCAUUUCGCAUGCAAGAAUGCAUAGACGAAUUUGAAAACUACAACUACCAACAGGAUCAUGGGGGGUACGCUUGACCUGGCUUGACUGUAAUAACUACAUCUUAAUGGAAGAGUUAACAACAGCCGAAAGACAGUGGAGAUGUUGGGGUACAGCACCCUGCCAUGCAGCAGAGCCUUUUCUUUGGUCGCUCGCUUUUGGCUUGCUCGUUUCCAGGGAAACUCUGCUGCAUGAAUCGAAUAAGAUCUUUGUUGAGCAUGCGCAGGAUGUUGCUAAGAUAUGGUUUCGGACCUGGGGCCUAUUUCUCGAAAGUCUCCAUAACUUUUCGGGCUCGGAAAGCUGUUUUGUGUUUGUUGUGUUUGCAUUCAAGAUCAAAGUUUCAAUAAUUUUGAAAAUAAUACAAUGAACCUAUUAGUUAACGAAGAAAAAAUUGACUGGAGCGUGGGCUAGGAACUGUGAUACUAUUCAACAGGUUUUGAUUUUAAAAUUUGCCUUCGGGCCCGAAAAGUUUCCGGGUCUUUCGAGAAACGGACCCUUGGGCGCUUGCUACAGCGGGCUCGUUAAUGACCAUCAGUUCAAUCAAUAAUAAUAUACAAGUAAUCACAUAAUUUUUCUCGUGCAAUUUGGAGUAAAUAAGUACUUUCAAAGAUCACAAAGUGCAUAUUUAUUCCAAAUUGCACUCGAAAUCAUGUGAUUACCUAUAGUAAACGGAUACUCGCUCUUGAAAAAAAAAAAAUUGAGGAGGGAAAGCAAAAUCAGUGACUAGCCCAGAAGUUUGGGCUGCGGCAACCUCAAAGGCUUAAUGUGAUUCAGAUCCAACCUUCUUUUUUCCUCCUCAGUUAAACGGAGGUUCAGCUACGUGUAGCUUCUGCUCGCAAGGUACUGUAGAGACGCUUGUCUCCACAGGCCACCAACAAUUCACAUUUAUUUAUUUGUUUGCUUGUUCUUUAAUUGCAAGCAGUGUUUUGCUUUUCCCUUUAAAAUAAAACGAGUGAGGCAAGUACCUCGGAUUGCUUUGCGUUUUGUAAUGUUUUGCACGUACUAAUUAGUUAAAUUAGUACUCAAAUUUAGACUAAUAGCUUUUGCAAUACUGUAAUUCCUUUAUGGUCAUGCAAAUAAAGCUUUUGGUGUUGUUGUUGUUGCUUUAAACUGGGCACGGCUAUGGCCUUUGCAAUAAUUGUUUUUAUCCGUCACUUUUGUUUUUCAGAAACAAGAAUGCUCAUCUCAUCGCAGAUGCGUUGGAGUUCAUGUACACCCCUUGGCCUGACAAAUGUAAUAAAUACGCAUUAAGAAGCCAACUUGUUGAUCUUCUUGGAGAUUGCGUAUUUUUUGCUCCCAGUCACGAGGUUGCUGAUGUUCACAGUCAGGUCGCUCCUGUUUACAUGUAUGAAUUUGCUCAACGGGCAAAGUUUAGUUUUGCGGAUGCAGAGUGGAUGGGCGUUGUUCAUGCUGAAAAUGUUCCCUUUGAUUUCGGAGUUCCUUUUUUUCCAAUGUUUUUUCCAUUAUAUAGUCCCGGUGACAGAAAUGUCAGUUUGUUUAUCAUGACCAUGUACGCAAACUUUGCCCGGUCCGGCGAUCCUUCAGUCAGCGGUGUCGCGUGGGAGAAAUACAACACGACUCACAGAGCUUACCUUAAAGUGGACACAAGUCCCGAGUUGAAGGCGUCAUUUAAUCCUCGCAGAAUGUCUUUCUGGAAUGAUUACUAUCCUAAAUUGGUGCAGCAGAAGUUCGAUGCCAAUAAAGAAGUGGUCAACGGUGCAAAGGCUAUUGUUACCAUGGGGAUGAUCGGAACUGCUUUUCAAGUUGUAUUUUCAAUGAUGGUUUUUAUGUUUUACUGAGACCUUGCUUUAUGCUAUGUCCUCAUUUAUUCAAAUCUAGUGAAUUAGGUUUCUUUCCCAAUGUUAUUGUGAGCGGGAAGGUAUAGCAUGAUGUAACUCGUAAUAUUUUUUUUCUAAGUAGUUAUUGCUGAUUAUUCUAUAUCGAGUUCUACGUUUUGGUAACUUUCUAUUUGUAUUUGCUCUAAAGUAGCCAAACCUCCCCUUCCACAACUGGGGGGUGGGGGUGGGGGGGAGGUGUCUCCAAGGAAAUCUGUGGUACAGUCCGCCUGCCAUUAUAACGUCACGUCUCGCCUCAGUAACUUUCAAAAUGGCGAGCAAAGUGUUCAUCGAAAAGACGGAUCAAAAUUUAGAUUUUAUCACGGAAAUACUGUUCCGAUUUAUUGGAUUUGGAGAUUUUAAGGUUUAUAUUGUCAUAGAAAACUAGAAUUAAGUGCUUUUUUUGGAAUGAAAUGUCCAGUGGUGUAAUGAAUUUUAAAGAUUCCUUUCUAUCGUCGAGAAAAUUUUACGGGCAAUUACACCGACCGGUCACACUUUUGAGGGCCAGUGCAAAGCUAGAUUGAGGAGUUUAUACACAGCAAUAGUAGGUUCAUCAAAGGAUGUAUUAUACUUAACAUUGUGCGUAUUUUCAGCUCUUCAGAGCUAGUGGAACCCCAUAUCAUUUCCUCUCAAAGUUUGCUUAGCUGUAGCGUUGAAAGAGGACGCUAAAUGACAGGUAUUUGUGAGAGACUGUGAGCAUUGAAUCUUGUUGCUUUACCGCAUUUUAAUACUGUAUUGGCCAUACACCUGUAAUUCUGUAAUUAAAUCCCGAAAACCAAUAAAAGGUUUCGUUUAAUUAGUUUUUGGGGAAAACUGACCCAGUGGAGUUUAGGGUAAUAAUACUGAUUGAUGAUGACGAUGUACGAAGGCACUGGUUUAACUUUCGCCAGUGGGUCACUUGUGGGUGUUAGGUGUAAAUUAGUACAGUUUGUGGUGUACUGUGUGUUGUUUGUCAUGAUGUAAACUAACAUUGAAAAAAAUUCAGCUGUUUGAGAGAAGGGACAUGUCUUGAUAGCU